AUGUUGAAGCAGUUCCUAGACUAUUCCUUCAAAAUAAAAGACCUUGGACAGCUACACUAUUUUCUGGGAAUUGAAGCUACAAGAAGUCCCAAUGGCAUUAACCUUUGUCAAAGAAAAUACACCUUGGAUAUUUUGAAGGAAAAUGGAUUUCUGGAAGCCAAGCCUGCCAAGACUCCCUUCACUACAGGACAAAGAUUAAACACCACUAAUGGUAAGCCUCUUGCCAAUUCUGAGCAGUAUAGAAGACUUGUUGGGAAGCUUCUAUACCUGACUAAUACCAGGCCUGAUAUAUCUUAUGUUGUGCAACAAUUAAGCCAGUUUGUGGAUAGGCCUAGUGACAUUCAUCUCAUGGCUGCACACAGAGUGCUCAGAUUCCUAAAGGGCUCACCUGGUAGAGGCCUAUUCUAUGCUGCAAAAUCACCUGUUAGAUUGCAAGGAUUCUCAGAUUCAGAUUGGGGGACUUGGAACUCUCUCAUAUCCUGGAAAACUAAAAAGCAAGCAACUGUGUCUAGGUCAUCCUCUGAGGCAGAAUAUAGGGCCUUGGCUACCACUACUUGUGAGAUUCAAUGGCUCAGUUACCUUCUCAAAGAUUUGCAAGUCCACACCAAUGAGCCUACCAAUUUGUAUUGUGAUAACAAGUCAGCAGUUGCUAUUGGAGAAAAUCAUGUUUUUCAUGAGCGUACCAAACACAUUGACAUUGAUUGCCAUGUGGUGAGGCUUAAAGUGCAAGAAGGCUUGAUCAAGCUCCUUGCCAUCCCUUCCAGCAAACAACUUGCAGACAUUUUUACUAAGGGACUAUCAAAGCCCUUAUUUGAUGAUUGUCAACUUAAGCUGGGCAUGCAGGACCUCCAUGCUCCACCUUAUGGGGGGGGGGUGAUGAAGCAUAGCAAAGUUGAUCAUGAAGCAUAG